CUUGCAUUCACUCUAACUAUACUGGUCAACCUUACGUUUUAGCGCUCAAACGAUUCUAAAGAAAAUGCUCCCCCUUUUUUAGCGCGCACUCGUGUAUCGAGCAGGAGUACACAGGUCGUAUUUAAAUGGCCUGAUGAAGGUUCUUACAGUCUGCAAAAGGAGACCUUGGCCUGAAAGUGAACACAUUAAAGGAUGGCGUCUAAACGGACGCUCAAAGGAACAACGCCAGGGAAGAAGCCAGAGGAGAAGAGGUACAGCCAGUUUCCAAGAGACUCUGUUAGCUUGUUCGCCGAGUCCAAUGGAAUAACCGGUGUAUCUGAUCAAGCCCUGAGCCUACUCACUGAAGAUGUCAAUUACAGGCUUCGUGAGCUAGCCCAGAACUGUGGCCAAUUCAUGCGGCAUGCUAAAAGGCGCAAGCUGACUUGCAACGACAUUGAGCGCGCUCUACGCUGGAGUGAUUCACAGCCCUCUUAUGGAUGCAGCGGAGACGAUCCGCUUCCAUUUCGGCAUGUCCGAGAGGCUGAUGUGUUCUGCACUGAUGACAGCAUGGUAGACCUGGCGGAUGAAUUGGACUCUCCCCUUCAGCUCGACCUGCCACCAGAACCAAGUGUCCAUGGGCGCUGGUUGGUGGUGGAAGGCGUGUCACUUGAACUGGACCCCGACAAGCCUAUGCCCGCAGUCCAAGAACUGGACGGCAGCAAAGGUGUGCACACAGACGUCAAUGCCAGCCACAUGCAGUACUAUGAGGAGAUCACCAAGGCCCUGCUAGGCAGCGACAAGCAGCUUGUCGAUGUUGCCUUGGAGGAUCUGGCCAGCAACCCUUGCCUGAGUCCUCUGCUGCCAUAUUUGGUGCACUUUGUCUCUCUUGGGGUUCGCAAGCUUAGCCAUGACCUUGCCAGCCUGGACCGGUUACUGCACGCCAUUGGUGCCUUGGCCCAGAACACUUCACUGAAUUUGGACACCCUGCCCUACCCAACAAUGGUGGUGCAAGCACUCCUCUUCUGCUUGCUGGAGCCACUGGCAGCUGCCAUCAACCCAGCCAAUGACCACUGGGCACUGAGGGAUAACGCGGCACAGCUGCUUGCUGCCUUGCUCAAGUUUUGGGCCGACCGCGUGGCAGGUCUCGAGAGUCAAGUGUUAGACGCACUGGGGGAGUGCGUGAGAGACCCCUCGUUGAGGCCUCUGUGUGCCCAGUAUGGAGCUGUGUCGGGUCUGACUGCACUGGGUGUAGAGGCAAUGCAGCAGGUUCUGGGGCCGCAUCUGGAAGCCUACUGGCGCCACCUGGAGGCUGUUCUUGCAGAUUGCCGGCCAGCCAAUGCACAGGCCCAGGCAGACGCCACUCGAGUCCAUGGGGCACUCCUGCUGGCAGCGGAGAAGCUGGUGAAGGAGCAACGUCGGGAGAUGGCUCGAAAUGAAUCGUCCGGGGCGUCAUACAACCUCCUCUAUGACUGCUUUGGAGAUGCCUUGGCCUCAAGGCUACCCUUGCUGUAUGGAGCGGCCCAGCUCCUCUAUGCGCCACGACAGGCAUCAUUAAAAGCAGAAGGUGGAAGAAACAGCCCUACGGGAGAACAGUUGCUCGAGGCUUUCUAUGAGGAAGAACGCAGCCCCUCCGCGGCUGAAGAGGACAACAACUCGGAGGAGAGCAACCUUAGCGGGCCUCCUCCUAAUAUCCACCCCCAGGUGAAGAGCACCAUAUCAGACCCUGCAAGAGGGAUCCGCCUGACCAUUGCGUUACGGAGGCCCCCCAGCGAAUCAAAGCAGCCGCGAAAGAAGCGCCCCCCAGGAGCAAGUCCACACCGCGAGCCCCCCUUCGAGGUUGUUCCCUGGACACCCGUGCCACGUAAAGCCACCAUCAACAUCUGCUUUGAAGGUGCAACACCAGUGGUGCGCCCGACACCAGAGCCGCCAGCACCAGCAGAGGGCGAGUGGCGCACAACCCAGCUGAGUCGGCGCAUGGGACGGGUGGGGCGGGGAGCACGGAGACGGAGAGCGUACCGAGAUAGACACACUGGUGCCGGCGUCGAUGCAAUCCUCUGAGAGCACCUCAACAGGAUUGUCCUUGACUUGAGCAGCACACACAAGACGUGGGACGGAAAGAGGGAAGGCAACGAACCUCCGGAAUGAGCCACGUUACCAGAUGGACCAGUGCCAACUGCAGAAGAGCUUUGCCAUCCAGAACUUUCGUCACUGGCAAGAGCACUCUAGAACAGAUCUGUUUCUUGAAUGCCCCUGCAGCUGUGUUGUUAAGCACUCUGGAUUCUGUCAUGCCCAGCUUUUCCGUGCGAGGCGCAGCUAUGCCAACUCCAUUGAGCCCAUCUCCAACUUGAGCAUAAGUUGAUUAAAGGAGUACUGACACAAAAAA